AGGGUCAAGAGGCAUAUUCUCUCUUUCAAGCUCCGACUUUUCCUUUAAAAUUAAAUUUAAAAACUUAUUUUUUUCUCAAAAAAAGUCGACAGUCGACCCAUAAUCGUUCUCUCAACGCGAGUUUUCUCUCUCUAGAAUCUCGAUUUUUCGUCUUCGUUUUACAGAGUCGCCGCCGUCGUUUAGAACCAACAGAACCGAAGAUGCAUUCCAGUCACUUGCUUCUCGAGGAGCCUAUUAGGAUGGCUUCGAUCCUCGAACCAUCUAAGGCUAGUUUUUUCCCUGCAAUGACGAAAAUUGUGGGCACACUUGGUCCUAAAUCUCGAUCGGUGGAUGUUAUUUCUGGCUGCCUUAAAGCUGGAAUGUCCGUGGCUCGAUUCGAUUUCUCGUGGGGCGACCCUGAAUACCACCAAGAGACUCUGGAGAACUUAAAGGCUUCUGUCAAGCUUACUAAGAAGCUCUGCGCUGUUAUGUUGGAUACCGUGGGCGCUGAGUUGCAGGUGGUGAACAAAAGCGAAAAGGCCAUCUCACUUGAGGCAGAUGCUUUGGUUGUUCUGACACCUGAUCAGGACCAAGAAGCCUCCUCAGCGGUGUUGCCCAUUAAUUUUGAUGGACUUUCAAAGUCAGUGAAGAAAGGCGAUACAAUUUUUCUAGGCCAGUAUCUUUUCACUGGAAGUGAAACUACUUCUGUAUGGUUGGAGGUUGAAGAGGUGAAGGGGUGUGAUGUUGUUUGCAUAGUAAAGAACUCUGCAACGUUGGCGGGUGCACUGUUUACCCUGCAUGCUUCACAAGUCCAUAUAGAUAUGCCUACCCUCUCUGUUAAAGAUAAGGAGGUCAUAAGUACUUGGGGACUAAAAAACAAGAUUGACUUCCUCUCUUUGUCCUAUACCCGUCAUGCAGAAGAUGUUCGCCGAGCCCGGGAAUUCCUUUCUAAGUUGGGUGACCUCCACCAGACUCAAAUUUUUGCUAAAAUAGAAAACAUUGAGGGAUUAACUCACUUUGAUGAGAUUCUACAAGAAGCUGAUGGAAUUAUCCUUUCUCGAGGAAAUUUGGGAAUUGAUCUUCCACCGGAGAAGGUCUUUUUGUUUCAAAAGGCUGCCCUUUACAAAUGUAAUAUGGCUGGAAAGCCUGCAGUGGUAACUCGUGUUGUUGAUAGUAUGACCGACAACUUGAGACCUACUCGUGCAGAGGCAACUGAUGUUGCAAAUGCUGUUCUGGAUGGAAGUGAUGCCAUUCUUCUGGGUGCUGAGACUUUACGUGGUUUAUACCCUGUAGAGACCAUCUCAACUGUUGGUAAAAUCUGUGCUGAGGCGGAGAAGGUUUUCAAUCAGGACUUGUAUUUCAAGCGAACUACUAAAUAUGUUGGAGAACCAAUGACGCAUUUGGAAUCUAUUGCUUCCUCCGCGGUACGGGCAGCAAUUAAGGUGAAAGCCUCUGUAAUUAUAUGCUUUACAUCAUCAGGAAGGGCUGCAAGAUUGAUAGCCAAGUACAGGCCAACAAUGCCAGUUCUAUCAGUUGUUGUCCCCCGUCUUAAGACAAAUCAACUGAAGUGGAGCUUCAGUGGGGCCUUUGAGGCAAGGCAAUCUCUUAUAGUCAGAGGUCUUUUCCCCAUGCUCGCUGACCCAAGUCAUCCUGCCGAGUCAACGAGUGCAACAAACGAGUCAGUUUUGAAGGUUGCCCUCGCACAUGGAAAGUCAGCCGGAGUCAUCAAGUCGCAUGACCGAGUUGUUGUUUGCCAGAAAGUUGGUGAUGCGUCGGUUGUCAAGAUUAUUGAGCUUGAAGAUUAGAAGAGCCUCUUGUUCGGUUUUUUGGUUUUUUGUUCUUCCCCACCUAAUUUUUGGAACUUAGUGUCCCCAGGUUUUGGCCAAACCCAGCGCUGCUUGAAUAUUUAACUUGAAUUUAGAAUUUUUCCUGAGGGUAUUUAUCAUUAUUGAUUCAACAUUACCAGUCAACAAUGUCCAUUUUGACCCCUUUUUUGGGUUUAGCUUUCCACAGUAUUUCAUGGUAAUGAUAAACGCCCAUAUGAUAUAGUUUUUCAAGUAAUUUAAAAGCAAAAUAAUGAAGCUACGUCGACCAUGCCUUGUUCUU